CUGUUUACAUGUGAAACUACAUGUUAUAGCAAUUAACAAGUGAUUAUAACAUAUCAUUUCAAAAAAGGAAAAUAGUUGGUAAUGAAAAUCAAAUCCAAACAUCUCCAUGCAAGUAUUGUUACCAAGAAGUUCAUGUUGCACAUUAUAAGGGAUGAACAGAAUCUUUCAUCUAACACCAUCUAUUACAAGAAUAUACCAUUUCCAAAAUUUAAUGAUAAUGGUAUCAUAGUUUUUCCUAAUACAUACAGGAUUCAUAUCCAACCUAUUGAAUUAGUUUCUCAUAUUACAAAGAUACUCCACAUCCAUGAAUAUACAAGUGCAUUUAAAAUGACAUCUUCUUAGUUAUAGUGCAUAUAUUUGGUACUGAAUGCUACUAACAAGGACUUAUCUAAAAUUGAUUUGGCUAUCUCAAAUUGAACCAUAUAAAUAAGCACUUGUUAAACAAGAAGAUCACAAGAAAAAAACGUUUCGUUUUUAAGCAUGACUAGAAAGAAGGUGAAAUUGGCUUUCAUAGUGAAUGAUUCUGCAAGAAAGGCAACUUUCAAGAAAAGGAAGAAGGGACUAUUGAAAAAAGUUGAUGAACUCAGUACUCUUUGCGGGAUUGACGCAUGUGCUAUCAUCUAUAGCCCGUAUGAUCCUCAACCAGAGGUUUGGCCGUCGCCAUUGGGGGUUCAACAAGUGCUUUCCAAGUUCAGGAGGAUGCCUGAAAUGGAGCAAAGCAAGAAGAUGGUGAACCAAGAGAGUUUUCUAAGGCAGAGGAUCGCAAAGGCGACAGAGCAGUUGAAGAAGCAGACCAAAGAGAACAGAGAGAAGGAGAUGACCCAGCUCAUGUUUCAGUACCUUGGUGAAGGUAACAUCAUGCACAAUGUGAACAUGCUUGAUUUGAACGAUCUUGCAUAUUUGAUUGAUCAGUAUUUGAAGGAUAUCAAUAGAAGGAUUGAAUUGUUGACAAGAGAGUCUCAGUCUCAGAGUCAACUCCCAAUGCCACCACCACCGGUAGUUAAAGAUGAGGUGGCAAAUGUUGAAGAAGAGGGACAAGGGAGCCAUGCCCAGCAAGGUUUGAACAUCAACAUGGAUUCCAUGCAACCAAAGGAAAAUUGGUUUGUCAAUUUGAUGAGUGGUGCUAAUGUGGAUCAGCCACAUGUAUUUGGAGAUGCUAAUCAACAGAGUGGAUUUUGGCCUAACACAUUUUUCCAUUGAAACAAACAAACGAAGAAAUUCAAGUGUUAUAAGUGUGGGUUCCUUUGUUGGAGUUGGAUCUUUUCAUGUUUAAAAUAAAUAUGAUUUGGCAUAUGCAUAUUUUUAUAUGAGAUGAUUGCUCUUAGAAAAUAAAAUAUUAAAAAGAUAAGCAAUCAGUAAUAGAGAUUAUGUUCAUUUUGAACAUUAGAAGAUCUAGUUCCUUUUGUUAUGUGUUUAUAUGUGAAAAUAAGUGACCAUGUGCUGGUGGUCUAUGACUCUUAAGUUUGGCUUGUUUUUCUCUUUGUUAUGUCGCUCUCUGUUUUGAUAAACGGACUCUUGGCUUUUGGUGUGGCUUUUUAUUUUGAGAUUUGGUGCUCCUCUCAUGAUUCCAAGGGAUGCAUUUCAAGGAAUCAAUUGAAUACAUAACGCAAUUUCCAUGCUCUGUUUAUGUGUAUUAUUAGAUGAUAUAGAGAGAGAGAAUCUCAGAUUUUUCCAAAAAAUGAAUUUCAUUAUUCAAAGAAUGAAUUGAAUGUUGGAGCAUAUGUAUGCUUCCUUUAUGCGAGUAUCUUUGUACAACAAAGAAUGAAUCAAUGUUCUAUGCUAUAUUGCUAUGAGUCUAUGACCUACACAAGAAGAAAAAA